AUGAGUCAGGAUUGUGGAAAUCAAGAGGACACAUUUGAUCAGCAACUGGAAGAUGUAAAGCCACCACUCAUUAACAUAAAUUCAGGUGUGAGUGGACACAGAAGAAUAGGGGCUCAAAAGCCUAAAUACAGCAAUCAAACCCAGGCAGUCCUCUCCUCCCCCACAGCCAUUACUGCCGCGGCUGGGAAACGCUCCUUGGUACUAACUAACGAAGCAAGGAAGGAGAUGGUGAAGCAGGCCAGAGCUCUAAAAGAUGAGCGUAAGGCCAUGCUGGACAGCAGACACAGAUACCUCAUUGGCAAGAUUGCCAGUGGAGUCAACCUGGGUGAGGCAGAAGUGGAAGAGAAUCUUGUUUCUGAUGAUAAGUUUUGCAUGAUUGAUGACUUUUUUUCUGCCCAUGGAUCAAAGAGAUUACUUUUCUACUAUCAAGCAUCCCAUGGGAAUGCAUCCUCUUGGACAGACUCUGUCAGUGGAACCUUUGGACAGAAAAAACUAUUCAUCACUACUGGCACUACCGAGAACCUGAAUGGCUUUUGUUUGUUUUUCCUGCGGAACACAGGCAAGGCCAUAACAACCUCUAAUGUAUCACAGGAGGUGAAUUUUGGAAUGCUUGACUGCAUGGGUGGGCACAUUUUGCACAAUCUAGAGAAGCUGUUCACUCAAGUCUUAUAUCCUGCACUCAGUUCACAAGAGGAUUGGGGGAUUAUGAAAGAGGGUCAGAAGGACUCUCAUGUUCAGGACUUCCUGGCCUCUGUGCAUAGGUUUAUCUACAGUCUGUCUUCAGCUAGGAGAAACCUGGAGGAAAAGUUUCAGCUUCACAGUGUGGCAUCUGCUCCAGAUCUCAGCCAUCUUCAGGAACCUACAGAUUAUAUCAAUGCUGCAAAUAAUUCUGAACUGGUGGAGGUUCUGGAAGGGGUGCUAUUGCACUGGGCCAAACAGAUUGAGCAGGUGCUUGCUGAGAGUGAGCAGAUGAGGAAGGAGGCAGAUGACACUGGGCCCUCGGUAGAGCUUGAACAUUGGAAAAGCCGAAUGAACACCUUCACCUGUCUUUUGGAUGAAAUAAAACAACCCCAGGUGAAGAAAAUUAUUGGAGUGCUACAGGUGGCCAAGUCCAAGACCCUGAUUAAAUGGAAAGAACUGGAUGGAAACAUCACAGUUGUUGCCAAUGAGGCCAAAGAUAAUGUGAAAUAUCUUUACACAUUAGAAAAGUUCUUUAGGGUAUUGGGGAAGUGCACUCCGACUGAUAUGCUGGAACAUAUCCCCAGUCUACUAAACAGCAUUCGUUUGAUCCAAAGUGUGUCGCGGUACUACAAUACCUCUGAGCACAUGACAUCCCUCUUUGUGAAGGUCACCAAUCAAAUGGUAACAACAUGCAAGGCCUACCUUUGCCAAGGAGUGGCGAGAAUAUGGGACAUGGACAGACAGGAACUGUUAAAGAGGAUUAGGGCAUGUCAGCAACUGAACCAGGAGUACCGCCAAUGUUUCCUGAGAGUGUGGGAAGAGCUACCCCACCCCUCUGGCCACCACUUUGAUUUUAGUGAGAAUUAUAUAUUUGGAAAGUUCAAUACAUUCUGUAAACGCCUGGAGAAUAUUGUAGAUAUGGCUAUGACCUUAGAAGCUCUCUCGGGUUUGCAUUUGAUAAAAGUGGAGGGCAUUGAGAAAAUACAUGUACGAUAUCAAGCCAUCAUAACUAGCAUCAAGUCUAAGUCAUACAAUGUGUUGGACCACCACAGAGUGGAGUUUAACAGUGACUACCUGGAGUUCAAAAGUCAGAUACAAGGGUUGUAUCAGUCUCUUCACACAAUGAUGGAUACCUUUUUUCAACAGCCACUUUCUACUGAACAGGUUCUGGAUCUGUUGUCAAAGUUUGAGAAUGCUGUUGGUAACCAGAUGGACCUCAGUGACAAAUACACAAUUGUUCUGCACCGAUUUGCCUGUGACUUGGAGCAGGUCCGAAAACUCUACCAUAAACACAAAGACUGUCCUCCUAUUCCACGAAACAUUCCCCCUGUGGCUGGGAAAAUAAUGUGGUCACGACAGUUGUUCAGAAAAAUUGAGUCAACAAUGGAAAUCCUAAAAGAUAAACUGGAAAUCUUAAGGGCACCUGAGGUGAAGAAGAUUAUCCGAAUGUAUAACAAAAUGGCAGCAGUUCUAGUGGAGUAUGAACUGCUGUAUUACAGAGGCUGGGUCAGUGCAGUUGAGCUAGGAAAGCAGGGCCUCAGUUCUUCACUUCUCAUCAGACACCCAGAAACUAAGGAGAUCUAUGUGAACUUGGAUCCUAUUGUGCUGGAGGUACUGGAGGAGGCAAAGUACAUGCAUAGGUUAGGGGUGCAUGUGCCAGAGGUCAUCCUCAAUAUGUAUGCUCAAAAAGCUGAGUUGAAAAUCCAUCAGAACAAAUUGAUAGAGAUGCUACAAGACUUUGAGGCAGCAGUAAAGAGGAUCUCUCCCCUGCUGCAGCCCCUGAUGAAACCUUUUAUUAGUCAUGUGGAGACUGCACUUUCUCCUGGACUCAUCGCUCUCUCUUGGACCUCUCUAAACAUUAGCAGAUUUAUAGACACUGUUUAUGGUGCUCUGCAAGAGUUGGAGCAAGUGGCAAAAGUGAGCAUGGACAUACUAGAGUGUCGCAUUGAGCGGGUUGUGGAGAGCAUGUCAUGCACCAGCCUUCUAGCCCUUCCUGAGGACGACACAAUGGUUCCCCAAGACUUCCUCAUCCAGACCGAAAGCAUUGUGAGAUCGGCAAGACACACGCUGACUGUUCAAAGUCAGCAGGUAGAGCAGUCCAUGUAUGACAUCAUUGAGGAACUAAAAAGGGUGAUGAAACCUGCUGAGAUGCUGAACUUGGAGGACACCUUCCAAUGCCUUCACCCAGAUCUUAAACACAAGACCAGGUGCCAGGUUUGCCUGCCUUGUAGUUUCUACACCAUGAUGGGUCAGCUGUGUCAAAAGAACACUGAGGCAUUGGUUAAAGCUACCAAACUCUCCCUGGAUUCCUUGAGGCGCCGUAUCUAUGUCGUGAAUCCUAAGUAUACCUCUUCCACAUCAAGCCAUCCAACAGCCCUGACUCCUCUUUUCAGAACCUCUGUUGAACUAUCCAUCCCCAACAUCAUCUUCAAACCCACUUUAGAGGAAGUACAGACUAUUCUGAACAAAGUUGUGACUACAGUCAUGUCAAUGGCAAAGGAUAUUCCGCUCUGGAAAUUUUCACAUUUACAUCACAAACAACUACAGUUGGAGCAAUUAGCAGCACGAGAAGUAGGAGAUGAUGGCCCAGUCACCAAACAGCUCACACUCAGGCCCCUUGAGAGACAGAUUGCUGAGCAUAAGGAUGUCAUUAAAACAAUUGCCCAGCUGAGCUCCAUAGUGUCUUCCCUUAAAGUGGAUGCUGGGGAUGUUCUGGUAGACCUCACCCAUUUUUCUGCUCUGUGGACCCAGGAUCCAGCUGAGCAAGUGAAUGCAUUUCUGGAAACCAAUCCGUCCCUUCCUGAGUUCAGUGCUCAACUUUCAUAUUAUUCUGCUCUUGAAGCUAAGAUUGAGGACCUCCCAGCCUUCUCUACUUUAGGCUUCAUCCUUUAUGACAUUAGCUCUCUCAAGUUCUCCUUGAUCCAGGAGUGUCGGGCAUGGAAACGGACAUACGGGGGGGCCUUAAAUAAACGCGCCUCUACAGAUAUGCUGGAGAUAUGUGCUUUUGUAGAGGGGAUGGGCAGACAGCUUCAGAGGCCUAUUUCUGACCUGGAGGAUGUGAGAGGAACCAUGGCUGCUCUAAGAGAGAUACGUGAAACAGAGAUACAGAUCGAUGCCACUAUUGGGCCAGUGGAGGAGUCUUUUGCUCUUCUGAGUAGACAUGAGCUGCACUUCAGUGAUGGAAAUGCAGAUAGGAUGGAUAGUGUAAUGUAUGCCUGGAAGAACCUCCAGGCACUGGUUGUGCAAACCCAAACUACACUUGAGGUCAUCCAUCCAAGCAUGAAGGCAAAGCUGCUGUCUGAGGUUGAAAUGUUUCAGUCCGCAGUCCAAAGUUUCUACAAUGACUAUGAUAACAGUGGUCCAGGUGUGGUGGGGUUAAGCCCUCGUGAGGCCAGUGACAGGUUGCAGAUUUACCAGGCCCAAUUCGAUGAGCUUUGGAGAAAGUAUGUCACUUUUUCAAGUGGUGAACAGCUGUUUGGCCUUACAGUUAAAGAGUAUCCUGAUCUUCACAGAAUCAAGCGGGAACUCAGCCUUCUGUCUAAGCUGUACAGUCUGUAUAACUCUGUCAUUGACAGUGUUAAUGGCUACAGUGAUAUACUGUGGGCAGACCUCAACAUAGAAAAGAUAAACAGCGAACUUCAGGAUUUUCAAAACAGGAUCCGGAAACUUCCCAAGGCACUGAAGGAAUGGCAAGCCUUCAAUGACUUAAAGAAGACAAUUGAUGACUUCAGUGAAACCUGCCCUCUACUUUACAUGAUGACAAACAAAGCAAUGAUGCCCCGGCAUUGGCAACGCUUGUCUGACAUCACAGGCCACAAGUUUGAGGUGGAGUCUGGGAAUUUCAGCUUGAAAAAUGUCAUAGAAGCUCCCCUGCUGAAAAACAAAGAAGAUAUUGAGGAUGUGUGCAUUAGUGCAGUGAAGGAGAAGGACAUUGAAGCAAAGCUUAAAGAUGUGGUGGCAGAGUGGAGCAGCCACCAGUUCACGUUUACACCAUUUAGGAACCGUGGAGAACUCCUGCUGAAAGGCUCUGACACUAUGGAGAAGGUGGUAUUGCUAGAGGACAGUCUUAUGGUACUCGGCUCACUUAUGAGCAACAGAUACAAUGCUCCUUUUAAGUCCUCUAUUCAGCAAUGGGUGCACAAGCUGUCAAACAGUUCUGAGGUCAUCGAAAAAUGGAUGACUGUGCAGAACCUUUGGCUAUACCUGGAGGCCGUGUUUGUUGGAGGGGACAUUGCCAAACAACUUCCACAGGAAGCAAAACGGUUCCAGAGUAUUGAUAAGUCUUGGCAAAGGAUCAUGCAGAGAGCACAUGAGGUACCAAAUGUGGUGCAGUGCUGUGUUGGGGAUGAAACUCUGAGCCAGAUACUCCCUCACCUGCUGGAACAGCUUGAGGUGUGCCAGAAAUCCCUCAGUGGAUACCUUGAGAAGAAACGCCUGAUCUUUCCACGCUUCUUCUUUGUGUCUGACCCUGUUCUCCUCGAGAUACUCGGCCAGGCAUCAGACUCACAUACCAUACAAAGCCAUCUAUUAAACCUUUUUGAUAAUGUGAACAGAGUUGUGUUUCAUGAGAAGAACUACGACCAAAUCCUGAGCUUUCAGUCACAGGAGGGAGAGACUGUGGACUUGAGUGAAUCCAUAAAUGCCCAAGGCAAUGUGGAGAACUGGCUGGGCUUGUUGCUGGAUGGAGUGAGGAAGACCCUCCAUAACAUCAUCAGAAAGGCACAUAUGACUGCAAGUGACCCAGGCCUGAAGCUUGUAGAGUUCCAGUCAGUCUUCCCUGCACAGGUUGGCCUAUUGGGCAUCCAGCUGAUCUGGACCAGAGAUGCAGAGGAGGCCCUCAACCUCAGCAGGGCUGAUAAAAAGAUCAUGCAGACAACAAAUCAGAGAUUUCUGGAUAUGUUGAAUGAGCUGAUUGACAUGACUACUCAUGAUCUUACCAAGAUUGAGAGAACCAAGUAUGAAACUCUAAUAACAAUACAUGUACACCAGAAGGACAUAUUUGAUGAUCUGGUAAGAAUGAGCAUCCGAUCAACAGCAGACUUUGAGUGGCAGAAGCAGUCACGCUUCUACUUUCUAGAAGACACAGACAGAUGCUUUAUUCAGAUCACUGAUGUGGAGUUUGAUUAUUGCAAUGAAUAUCUAGGUUGCACUGACAGACUGGUCAUUACCCCUCUCACAGACAGAUGUUACAUCACCUUGGCCCAGGCACUAGGUAUGAGUAUGGGUGGGGCACCAGCAGGGCCAGCAGGAACAGGAAAGACUGAAACAACUAAAGAUAUGGGCCGUUGCCUCGGCAAAUAUGUGGUGGUGUUCAAUUGCUCUGAUCAGAUGGACUACCGAGGCCUUGGUCGCAUUUACAAAGGACUGGCGCAAUCUGGUGCAUGGGGCUGCUUCGACGAGUUUAACCGCAUUGAGCUGCCUGUGUUGUCAGUGGCUGCACAGCAGAUCUACAUUGUCCUGCAGUGCAAAAAGAACAAAAAGUCUCAGUUCAUUUUCACUGAUGGAGAUGUGGUAGACAUGGACAAAGAGUUUGGCAUAUUCUUAACUAUGAAUCCAGGAUAUGCUGGACGACAGGAGCUGCCUGAGAACCUGAAGAUACAGUUCCGCACAGUAGCCAUGAUGGUACCAGACAGAGCCAUCAUUAUGAGAGUGAAACUCGCUAGUGCUGGCUUCAGAGACAACCAAGUGCUCAGCCGCAAGUUUUAUACCCUCUACAAACUGUGUGAAGAGCAGCUGUCCAAACAGGUCCACUAUGACUUUGGACUGCGCAACAUUCUAUCAGUGUUGAGAACUCUGGGAGCAGUGAAGCGAUCCAAUCCAUCUGAGUCAGAGACCUUUGUUGUCAUGAGGGUGCUGCGUGACAUGAAUCUGUCCAAACUGGUGGAUGAGGAUGAGCCUCUGUUCAUGAGUCUGAUUAAUGAUUUGUUCCCGGGGAUCAGUCUGGAUAAAGCUGGUUACCCUGAGCUGGAGGCAGCUAUUCAAAAACAAGCCCAGGAGGCUGGUCUCAUUGCACACCAGCCAUGGAUGCUCAAACUGGUGCAGCUCUAUGAGACACAACGAGUGAGGCAUGGUAUGAUGACUCUUGGUCCCAGUGGAACAGGGAAGACCACCUGCAUUCACACUCUGCUGAAGGCCAUGACGGAAUGUGGCACUCCUCACAAAGAAAUGAGAAUGAACCCAAAAGCCAUCACAGCUUCCCAGAUGUUUGGCAUGCUAGAUGUAGCCACAAAUGACUGGACAGAUGGAGUGUUCUCCACUCUGUGGAGAAAGACUCUGAAAGCAAAAAAGGGGGAAUAUAUAUGGAUUGUUCUGGAUGGUCCAGUAGAUGCGGUCUGGAUCGAAAACCUCAACUCAGUCUUAGAUGACAAUAAGACCCUUACCUUGGCUAAUGGAGACCGCAUCCCAAUGUCUCCAAACUGUAAAGUAGUGUUUGAGCCUCACAACAUAGAUAAUGCAUCUCCAGCCACAGUGUCCCGCAAUGGCAUGGUCUUUAUGAGCUCCUCUGUACUAGACUGGAAGCCCAUCCUGCAGGCUUGGCUAAACAAAAUUCCAACAUCACAGGCAGAACUACUUCUGAGCUGUUUUAAUUCCAUCUACCAGGACCUGAUGAGCUUUGCUUCCACUGCAAUUUACCCAAAAAUGCAGCUCCUGGAAUGCAUGUACAUCAAACAGACCAUUGACCUUUUACAGGGCCUACUGUCAGCCGGAGAGGAGAAGCACUUAUCUGCAGAUCACAUUAGCCGUCUGUUUGUGUUUGCUCUGAUGUGGUCUGUGGGAGCGCUUCUGGAACUGGAUGAUCGAUCAAAGAUGGAGGUGUUCCUCAGAAACCAUCCAGUUUUGUUGGACAUGCCCAGCCCACAGGAGGAUCAGACCAUUUUUGAAUUCAUGAUCAGUGAAUCUGGUGAAUGGGAUCUGUGGUCGAAGAAGGUGCCAGAAUAUCAUUAUCCUAAAGACACAGUGCCAGAUUAUGCUUCUAUUCUUGUGCCAAAUGUGGAUAACACACGGACCGAAUUCCUUUUGCAAACCAUUAUGAAACAAGGUAAACCAGUACUAUUGACUGGGGAGCAGGGUACUGGCAAGACUGUUAUGAUCAAGGGUUAUACCAGCAAGUAUGAGCCCGAGACACACCUGAGUAAAAGCCUGAACUUCUCCUCAGCAACCCUCCCCAGUAUGUUUCAGCAAACUAUUGAGAGCUACAUUGACAAGCGUAUGGGCACAACAUAUGGACCACCUGCAGGGAAACGGAUGACUGUUUUCAUUGAUGAUAUAAACAUGCCAGUAAUCAAUGAGUGGGGAGACCAGAUAACUAAUGAAAUUGUACGUCAGCUGAUGGAACAAAGAGGCUUUUACAGUUUGGAACGGCCUGGCGAGUUCAUCACUAUUGUGGACAUGCAGCUGGUAGCAGCUAUGAUACACCCCGGAGGAGGCCGCAAUGACAUCCCUCAGCGCCUUAAACGCCAGUUCUGUGUAUUCAACUGCACGCUGCCUUCUAAUUCAUCCAUAGAUAAAAUCUUUCACACCCUGGCAUCUGGAUAUUUCUGCUUAGAAAGGGGCUUCACAGAGGAUGUGUGCUCAUUGGCUGCUGCACUGGUCCCCACUAUCAGGAAGGUGUGGCAAGCUAUUAAAACUAAGAUGCUGCCUUCUCCUGCAAAAUUCCACUAUAUUUUUAACUUGCGGGACUUGAGUAGGAUAUGGCAGGGGAUUCUCUCCAUAGGAGCAGAGGUGUGUAGAGGGCAAGAGGUACUGGUCUCUCUCUCUCACCAUGAGUGUACAAGAGUCAUUGCUGACCGCUUCAUCGACCAGAAUGACAGGGAGAUCUUUGAUGGCAUUCUAGAAAGGAUCAUCGAGGAAGACCAUGGAUCUGGUCUGGUGGGAUGUGGUCUAUGGGAGGAGUAUUUUGUGGAUUUCCUUAGAGAUGCUCCAGAAAUGACAGGAGAUGAACCUGAAGACACUGAAGUUUUGGCUCCAAAAAUCUAUGAGCCUAUUCCCUCCUUCUCAGUUCUAUCAGAACGUCUUGCCCUAUUUCUGCAACAGUAUAAUGAAUCUGUGAGAGGCACUAAUAUGGACCUGGUCUUCUUCAAGGAUGCAAUGAUCCACCUAAUAAAGAUAUCACGGAUAAUCCGCACACCCCAAGGCAAUGCACUGUUAGUCGGAGUGGGAGGAUCUGGGAAGCAGAGCCUCACACGACUGGCCUCCUUCAUUGCUGGUUAUGAGAGCUUCCAGAUCACCCUUACACGGACCUACAACGUGACUAAUCUCAUGGAGGACUUGAAGACCCUGUACAGAACAGCAGGACUACAGGGCAAAGGUGUCACCUUCAUCUUUACAGACAAUGACAUCAAAGAUGAAUCAUUUCUGGAGUACAUGACCAAUGUAGUGGCAUCAGGUGAAGUUUCCAACCUGUUUGCCCGCGAUGAAGUAGAUGAAAUCACCCAGGAACUAAUCCCCUCCCUGAAGCGUCAACACCCUCGCUGCCCUCCCACCACUGAUAACUUGUACAACUACUUCCUGUCCAGAGUGCGUAGUAACCUCCAUGUGAUGCUUUGUUUCUCUCCUGUUGGGGAGAAACUUCGUUCACGCGCCGUAAAGUUUCCAGGUCUGAUCUCUGGAUGCACCAUUGACUGGUUCCAAAGAUGGCCCAAAGAUGCUCUGGUGGCAGUAGCUCAGUACUUCUUGGCCAGCUAUCCAUUCCAGUGCUCUGUGGAAGUUAAGCAGAGUGUAAUGGGCACAAUGGGAACCUUUCAGGAUAAGGUGGCACAAAUGUGCACUGAGUACUUCCAGCGCUAUAGACGACAGACCUAUGUGACACCUAAAUCAUACUUAUCUUUCAUUAAAGGAUACCAGACCAUUUACUCUGAGAAGAUUGCGAAUGUGGGAAUGCUAGCAGAACGAAUGAAUUCUGGUCUUGAUAGACUAAUGGAAGCAGAACAGGGUGUAAAACAGCUCUCCAAAGACCUGGCAGUUAAAGAACAGGAGCUGGAGGUGGCAUCUCAUAAAGCAGAUGUUGUCCUUCAAGAGGUCACCAUCAAAGCACAAGCGGCUGAGAAGGUUAAGACACAGGUGCAAAAAGUGAAAGACAAGGCCCAGGCCAUUGUGGAUGAAAUAGCAGGGGAUAAGAAAGCAGCAGAGUCGAAACUGGAAGCAGCCAAACCUGCUCUGGCCGCUGCGGAGGCUGCACUUCAGACAAUAAAGCCAGCAGAUAUUGCAACAGUGCGAAAGUUGGGUAAGCCACCACAUCUGAUCAUGCGCAUUAUGGACAGUGUGCUGCUGCUGUUCCAGCGUCGGGUGGAUUCUGUCACCAUGGACCCUGAGAAGCCUUGCCCAAGACCCUCUUGGACCGAAGCCCUCAAACUGAUGAACAACUCAGGCUUUCUCAGCAUGCUGCUCAACUUCAAUAAGGAUACCAUUACUGAAGAGGUUGUUGAGCUCGUUUUUCCUUAUCUGAGUAUGGAGGAUUAUAAUCUGGAGUCAGCCAAGCGGAUUUGUGGCAAUGUGGCUGGACUUUGCUCCUGGACUGAGGCUAUGGUGGACUUUUUUGGCAUCAAUAAAGAAGUCUUGCCCCUGAAGGCUAAUUUGAAACUGCAAGAGGCCCGUCUUGCUGUGGCUCAGAAUGAACUGUCCAGAGCUCAGGAACAGCUGGAUGCCAAGCAGAAAGAACUGGACGAGGCACAGGCGAUUUAUGAUGCUGCAAUGAGAGAGAAACAAUCACUGCUGGAGGAUGCUGAAGGGUGCCGCAGGAAGAUGUCCAACGCGAUGACCCUCAUUGAUGGACUUCGCGGAGAGAAGAUUCGCUGGACAGAAAGCAGUAUUGAGUUCCAGAGGCAAAUUCAGCAUCUAGUGGGAGACGUGUUGCUGGCUACUGGUUUUCUGUCCUAUGCUGGUCCCUUCAACCAAGAAUAUCGUAACCUUCUUAUUCAGCAGUGGAAAAAAGAAAUGAACAACAACCAAAUUCCAUACACUGAGAGUUUCAGUGUUAUCACUAUGCUAGUGGACAAUGCCACUAUAGGUGAAUGGAACCUUCAGGGCCUUCCGAGUGAUGACUUAUCCAUCCAAAAUGGCAUCAUUGUCUCUGGAGCUUCCCGCUAUCCCCUUCUUAUUGACCCCCAGGGUCAGGGAAAGACAUGGAUAAAGAACCGCGAGAGUAAUAAUGGUCUACAGGUGACAUCUUUAAAUCACAAAUAUUUUCGAGCUCACCUUGAAGAUUCCUUGUCUCUUGGGAAACCACUUCUCAUUGAAGAUGUUGGGGAAGAGUUGGAUCCUGUUCUCGAUAACAUUUUAGAGAAGAACUUCAUCAAAUCUGGCUCAACAUAUAAAGUUAAAGCGGGAGAUAAAGAAGUGGACGUAAUGAAGGAAUUCACCCUUUACAUCACAACAAAAUUGCCCAACCCAGCCUACAGCCCUGAGGUUAGCGCAAAGACUGCAAUUGUGGACUUUACUGUCACAAUGAGGGGUCUGGAAGACCAGUUGCUUGGUCGUGUAAUACUCACAGAGAAACAGGAAAUGGAAUCAGAGCGAGUAAAAAUGUUGUCAGAGGUCACAUCCAACAAGCGGAAGAUGCAGGAGCUGGAGGACAAUCUGUUAUACAGACUCACUAGCGCACAGGGCUCACUAGUGGAGGAUGAGUCCCUGAUAGAGGUGCUCAGAAUUACCAAAGACACUGCAGAGGAGGUUAGGGAGAAGUUAUCAGUAGCAGCGGAGACUGAAAUAAAGAUUAAUCAUGCCCGUGAGGAGUAUCGACCAAUCGCCACAAGGGGGAGCAUCCUCUACUUCCUCAUUGUAGAAAUGAGUCUGAUCAAUGUCAUGUACCAGACUUCACUUCGCCAGUUUCUUGGCAUUUUUGACAGUUCUCUGGAGAAGUCACCAAAAUCUCAGAUUACCUCAAAAAGACUGGAUUAUAUCAUGGAUUAUCUUACCUAUGAGGCGUUUUGCUACACAGUACGAGGCCUCUAUGAAGACCAUAAAUUCCUCUUCACCCUUCUCUUGACCCUAAAGAUAGACCUUCAAGCGAGAAACAUUUCUCACAAUGAGUUCCAGGCUUUCAUCAAAGGUGGGGCGUCUCUUGACCUAAACUCAGUGGAGCCAAAGCCAAGGCGGUGGAUUCUGGAUAUGACUUGGCUAAACCUGGUACACUUAUCUAACCUGUAUCCCUUCACAAACCUACUGGCUCAAGUGGCACACAACGAUCGAGCCUGGAAGUGCUGGUUUGAUGAACCAGCUCCAGAAGAAGCCUCAUUUCCAGAUGGUUACGACAGCCUCCUCAAUGCCUUCCACAAACUACUGCUGAUCCGAAGCUGGUGUCCUGAUUGUACUAUUGCACAGGCACGGAAGUACAUUGCAGAGUCAAUAGGACACAGAUAUGCAGAGGGUGUGAUACUGGACAUGGAUGCUAUGUGUAAAGAGAAUGAUAAGAGGACUCCAAUGAUCUGUUUUCUUUCUAUGGGCUCAGACCCUACUGAAAAUAUAGAGAGGCUUGCUAAAUCAAAGAGUGUUUCCUGUAGACCCAUAUCUAUGGGACAAGGACAGGAGGUUCAUGCUCGGAGGCUGUUAGCCCAGAGUAUGUCAGAUGGAGGAUGGCUGCUUCUUCAGAACUGCCACCUUGGUCUGGAUUUCCUGGAUGAACUUCUAGAGGCUGUCAGUACUACAGAGAACAUCCAUGAGAGCUUUAGGGUUUGGUUGACCACAGAAGUGCACCCUAAAUUCCCCAUCAACUUUCUCCAGUCAUCAGUCAAGUUUACUAAUGAGGCUCCACAAGGUGUGAAAGCGGGGCUGAGGAGGACCUACAGCAGUAUCACUCAGGAGCAGUUGGAGAUCACCAACAUGCCACAGUGGAGACCUCUUCUCUAUGCUGUGGCCUUCCUAAACACCACUGUACAGGAAAGGCGCAAGUUUGGCCCACUGGGAUGGAACAUUCCCUACGAGUUCAAUCAGGCAGAUUUCACUUCUAGUGUGCAGUUUGUGCAGAACCACCUGGAUGAAGUGGAUGUAAAGCAUGGUGUCAACUGGAGCUGUCUGCGCUACAUGCUUGGAGAAGUGCAGUAUGGAGGAAGAGUCACAGAUGACAUGGACAAACGGCUGCUCAACACCUUCACUCGUAUCUGGUUUAGUGAGAGCAUGUUUGGGGAUAACUUUUGUUUCUACAAAGGUUAUAGUAUACCAAAGGUUAAGAUGUUGCCGGAGUACCAUUCCCAUAUUGACACCCUACCACUGGUUGACACACCUGAGGUAUUUGGCCUUCAUCCAAAUGCUGACAUCACCUGCCAGACAAACAUGGCCAAUGAGAUUCUAAGCACGAUUAUUAGCAUCCAGCCCAAGGACAGUAGCAGUGGCGGAGAUGAGACUAGGGAGUCUACAGCUCUGCGCCUAGCCAGUGAGAUGCUGGAGAAGCUACCAGCAGACUAUGUUCCUCAUGAGGUGAGGAGUCAUUUGAAAAAAAUGGGGCUCUUCCAGCCAAUGACCAUAUUUCUGCGCCAGGAAAUUGACAGAAUGCAACGCAUAAUAAGCUGUGUACGCAACACUCUUUCUGACCUUAAACUAGCAAUUGAAGGGACUAUAAUCAUGUCAGAGGAUCUUCGAGAUGCUCUGGACAGCACAUAUGAUGCUCGUGUUCCUAAGAUGUGGCAGAGAAUUUCGUGGGAAUCAGCCACUCUUGGUUUUUGGUUUACGGAGCUUAUUGAAAGGAACCAGCAAUUCCACACCUGGACUUUUAGCAGCCGUCCCCAUCAGUUCUGGUUGACAGGAUUUUUUAAUCCGCAGGGUUUCUUAACUGCUAUGCGUCAAGAAACAACCCGUAUGAACCUGACUAAAGGUUGGGCCCUGGACACUGUUGUGCUGCUUAACAAUGUUACAAGAAUGAUGAGGGAAGAUGUGAUAGCCCCACCACCAGGAGAUGUGGGAGGCGUCUACAUUUAUGGACUCUUUCUUGAUGGUGCCGGUUGGGACAAGCGGAACAGCAAGCUAACAGAAUCCCCUCCGAAGGUCCUUUUUACUGCACUACCAGUGGUGCAUGUGUAUGCUGUGAACAGUGCCAGUACAGCAGAUAUCAAGCGACCCCAGGGCAUCAGCCUCUACCCCUGUCCUGUAUACAAGAAGCCCAAACGAACUGAUCUCAACUUCAUCUUCACACUCUUUCUCCGAACCACACAGAACCCAGAUCAAUGGACACUGAGGGGUGUGGCCUUACUCUGUGACUGUAAAUAACAGAGUUGUAUUACUUAAGUCCAGUCUGGGGACCACAUGUUAAUUGUUAAUUAUUUAAUUGGUUUUAUUUGUUUGGCACCACAAGCAAUCUACCAACUAUCCCCCCAACCCUCCCCCCAAAAAGCUGAAUUUGAAUUAUUUAAAUUCAUGGUCUUGAAUAUAUAUUUUACAGGUCUCUUUCUUGACUAACCCCUGUUAUGGUCUUGGUGCCAUCUAACCACUGUUAUGGUCUUGCUGUUGACUCAGACUUGCCCUCCUGUAGGUCUUGUUCUUCACUCAGACUCAAGUUAUUAGGCUUUGGUCCUGACUUGGUCUCAAACACUUGCAAGUAAUUCAUGUUAGGAGUAAAUGUUGAUUGAAAAAAAAAGGUUUUUUUUGCCAUCAUUAGUUUAGUUUAUUAGUUUGAAUGUUUAUCAUUAGCUUUCUGCCUAUUUCUGAUUACUUUUCUGCUUCUGAAUUAUACUGAUGUUGUUAUAGCAGAUACAUAUACACAAUUCAGGAUAAAUUCACCCACCAGUCAAAAACUCUUGUGUUUUGUGUGAAUUUGUUUGGGAUGUUUUAUGAAUUUAUUUGAUGUUAAGCUUCUGGGAAAGACUUGUUUAUGAAAAAGUAAAUUCCAGCACUAUUUUAUUAUUUUGUGGUUUUCCAACAAUGAAAAUGCUCAGGUUAUAUAUAAUCACUUAUUUGUAAAACUAAUACUAUUCUUCCUGCAUUAUGCAAUUCAUACACUUUGCAGCAAGUAGUGUUUUUUUUUAUCCCAUGUUUAGUCAUUAAACCAAUUCUCAACCUCACCUGUCAUACAACAACUUCCAACCAUGGAGGUUGCAGCAUGCACAUGCUUGCUCUGAGACACAUGUAGCCACAUCCUUUCAAGCUGUUGCCCAUGCUGCAACACAGGGCAAUGGAACACACUUGGAGGAAAGCAGUAACUGCCCUGUCAGCAAUUGCAAGUACACACAUGUCCACAAUUGGCUGGUGUUGCUGGACAAGGAACACCCCCACCCAGAGAACAGCCCGAUUUGCUUUGUUGGACUCCUGGCCACAGCUGUGGCAUUAUCAGGGCUUGACCUGCUACCUUCACAUAGCAUGAUUUUAUCAUUUAACAAAUUAUUUCCUUUUUUAAACUCACCCAAAUAUGCUCCAGUAAAAAUAACAUUUAUUCAAGUAUGCUACAUUUUAAUAUGCUAAAGGACACAACGUGUGUAUUCAGCCAAAAUAAAGUGAGCUAAAAUGGAACAAUUAUUUUGUUACCCGUUAUACAGCAGUUGUCCAAGUUUAAUACAAUUUGUAAUUGUAUUAAGUAUACUUGACCAUAUUAAAAUGAAUGUAUGUAUACUUCAAAAAUACUUUUCCAUAUGUAUCUUGUAUAUUAGGUAUCCCCAACAAAACAAUUUGCAUUAGAGUAAAUGUACAUAUUAGUAGUUUAAUUAAAUUUAAUUAAAAAUAUUGAUUUAAAUGUUGCCUG